UUUCCGGAAGUUCGGUUCCGCCUCCGGCAACACACAGCCCUAUCGCGAAAGCGGGCGGUACACGUGCGUUCACCGGGUUCCCACUGAGGUAGCGAUGGACGCUUUGGAUAGAGUUGUAAAACCCAAAACAAAAAGAGCCAAGAGAUUCCUUGAGAAGAGAGAACCGAAACUCAGUGAAAAUAUUAAAAAUGCUAUGUUGAUUAAAGGGGGAAAUGCAAAUUUAACAGUAACACAAGUGCUUAGAGAUGUGUAUGCAUUGAAGAAACCAUAUGGCAUUCUGUAUAAAAAGAAAAAUAUUACAAGGCCAUUUGAGGAUCAGACAUCAUUGGAAUUUUUUUCAAAGAAGUCAGAUUGUUCUUUAUUCAUGUUUGGCUCCCAUAAUAAGAAGCGGCCAAAUAAUCUAGUAAUAGGUCGUAUGUAUGACUACCAUGUGCUAGAUAUGAUUGAAUUAGGUAUUGAGAAGUUUGUCUCCCUUAAAGAUAUUAAGAAUAGUAAAUGUCCUGAGGGAACAAAACCCAUGUUAAUAUUUGCAGGUGAUGAUUUUGAUGUAACAGAAGACUACAGAAGACUAAAAAGUCUUUUUAUUGAUUUCUUCAGAGGCCCCACAGUAUCAAAUAUCCGCCUGGCUGGUUUAGAGUAUGUUCUGCACUUCACUGCACUGAAUGGGAAGAUUUAUUUUCGAAGCUAUAAGUUGCUGUUGAAGAAAUCUGGCUGUAGAACACCGCGGAUUGAAUUGGAAGAGAUGGGACCCUCAUUGGAUUUGGUUCUGAGGCGGACACACCUAGCAUCAGAUGACCUUUAUAAAUUAUCUAUGAAAAUGCCCAAAGCCCUGAAGCCAAAGAAGAAGAAAAAUGUCUCUCAUGAUACUUUUGGUACAACUUAUGGAAGAAUUCAUAUGCAAAAGCAAGACCUAAGCAAACUACAAACCAGGAAAAUGAAGGGGCUGAAGAAGCGACCUGCAGAAAGGAAAGCAGAAGAUGAGGAGAACAAAUCAAAGAGAAUUAAAAAGGAUUGAUGGAAUUUAGCCAAUAGCUGCAUUUUUAUUGUAGUCUUAAGAGAAUUAUGAAGCAUCCAUUGUUUAAGAGUUUCUUAUAAAAUUUUAUUGUAUAUUUUUAUAACUUGAUAAUUUACCUAAACUAUAUAUAUUAUAUACAUUAUGAGCAGUAACAUACUAGUAUUAGGUUGACAGUUACACUCUUACUGGAGAUAUUAUACCCAGGUAUGCUGUUUUCUUUCUGUGAUGUGACAUUACCCUCUGCCCACCCCCUACAAUGUGCCCUGUCUCAUUGGGUGGAUAAGUGAGGAAGGAUCUCCAGAACAACCAGUGGUAUUUUACAGAAUUUUGAGCUAAGCCUUAGAUAAAGGGAGGAAGUCAUGGAAAGUGUAAAUGUUCCAAAGUAACUGUAUACAUGCUCAGUGUGAGCUGCCUGGAAACUUGACCCCAUCUCCCAGCAUAUACCUACAACCUGACUUUCCUGUUGUUCUGCCUAAAAUUCUACCAGAGAUUCAUUUUGAGAUUUUAAGUUUUAUGUCUUAGAACAUAAAUCUCUGAGAUGUCCACUACCUGACAUAUUACCUUACUAUUGAUUAUUUUAAUUUCAAGAGAUUCUGCUACUAAAUGGAGCCUUAUCCAUCUUCUCAGAGAGAAGAAGUUUUGCUAAGGGUCGAAGUGAGAAAAUAGGAAUGGUAAGUUAAGGCACAGGACAUUUGAGGGUGCUGGUAGCCCUAGGUAAAGGGCACACGAAGGCCCUGGGUGUUUACAUACUGAGUAGGAGUAAGUCAAAGCCAAACAGCUUGUUUCGAAAUUUUCUUGAAGACUGGCCCUGUGCCUAGAAAAAUGGCAAAAGGCUUUCUACUUCCUAUUCCUAGUAUUGCAAACUUGUUUUCCCUAAAUGUAAAUUCCUUGAUUGAGUCCCUGGCCAAGAGGCUCCUUUACACAAGCCAGUUACGCCGUACAAGAUCAGACAUACACAAACCAUGGUGUGUUACGUGAAGGGGAAAUGCUUUUGUUUUCAAUUCCAUGUCAGAGCUCCUCCAUGUCUGUGUGUGUGCAUGCAUUUGUGUGAGUUUGCUGACACUAAGCAGAAGCUGGAACUUCAAUUUUACUUCCUUUAUCCUUUUUCAUUUGUAAACCCAUUGCUCAGCCUUCCCUCUCCCCAUCCCUUUCCAGAUGGCUGAUACUCUGCUCUUAAAAAGGAGGACACUAGUAUCACUUAGGUGCACUUGUUGCUUGAUUGUACAUUGUUUUUCUUUCUUUCUUUCUUUUUUUUUUGGCUUCUCGUUGCAGAACAUAAUUUCUAGGCGCACAGGCUUCAGUAGUUGCAGCACUCGGGCUUAAUAGUUGUGGCACAUGAGCUUGGUUGCUCCGAGGCCUGUGGAAUCUUCCCAGACCAGGGAUCAAACCUGUGUCCCCUACGUUGGCAGGUGGAUUCUUAUCCACUGUGCCAUCAGGGAAGUCCUUGAUUAUAAAUUUAACCAAGACUACAUAAUUUUAGACCUGAAAAAAGAAAAGUGAAAGUCACUCAGUUGUGUCCGACUCUGCAACCCCAUGGACUAUACAGUCCAUGAAAUUCUCCAGGUCAGAAUACUGGAGUGAGUAGCCUUUCCCUUCUCCAGGGGAUGUAGACCUGAAGUAGGCAGAUUAUGUCUAAAUGGGGAGAGAGGGUUAAAUUAAAAUGAUUCAUGUCCUGCUAUCUGCAAGUAAGUGGACAAUAGUUGGGGAGAAAGAGAGUCAUGAAAGGAGCAUCAGUAAUGAUAAGCACAUAGUCCUUGCCCAGUGCUUGACCCCUGACAGGUCCAACUAACACUGAUGAAGAUAGUGAUUCAGGAGGGAAAGCAAUGGGCCCUUUUCACCGGUCACUUACAAGAGGGACCCUCUGCCAUAUUGAAUGGCUGUUAGUAUAACUGAUGCCAUCUUGGGCCUGUUCAGUGCCUCCUGUCCUUCAACUGACCCUACCAAGGGCUGUACUGUGUAGUAAAUCCCUAUUGUCAAGGGCUUUGUAGUGAAUAGAUACUAUUUAGUGAUCAUUAGGUCCAGGUGGCCUCUGCACUCUAUUAUUGUUAGGCUCCAAACAAUAAUGAAGACCUUUGCUGACGUAUUCCCAGUACCCAAGAGGCUAGUUACCCAUUCAUAAAUCUUGACUUUGGAACGCACUUCCUGUUUUCCAAGCACGUACGCUUAUACCCUAGGUUAACUAUAAAAAUCUCCAGUGGCAGCUGCGAAUGUUUCCGGAUGUCAUCCAUCCCAUCCUACCCUCUUAAGUAAACUACCCUAUAAUCUGA